AUGGCGUCCGACGUGAAGCAACCACCACAACCGGCGGUUGACGCAGCAGGAACUCUUGACGAGCAGCAGGAUGGAGCCACCACACAGUCCAAACUUGGAGACGAUGGUCGCGUCAACAUCACCAUCCAAGAAAUCAACGAGCUCCUUGCCAACCAGAUCGAACAACUCCAGCUCUCCCGAGUCCAAGAGGGACUCGCUGCACCUCCACAGACAUCCCAUAGCCUUUUAGAGGCGAGUCGCAGACCCUCCCAAAUCCCCCCACCUCUAAAUGUCGUCGUCCAAGUCGUCGGGUCGCGCGGCGACGUCCAGCCGUUUGUCGCACUCGGGCUCGUUCUGAAGAACCAGUACGGCCACCGCGUCCGUCUGGCGACGCACGGGACGUUCAAGAAGUUCGUCGAGGAGAACGGGCUUGAAUUCUUCGAUAUCGGUGGGGACCCGGCAGAACUCAUGGCCUUCAUGGUCAAGAACCCCGGCUUGAUACCAGGGGUGAAAUCCAUCAAGGAAGGUGAUGUCGGGAAGAGACGCAGAGGCAUGGCUGAGAUUCUGCAAGGGUGUUGGAGGUCAUGCGCCGAUUUCAACGAGGUGAAAGAGGAGGGAACGGAAACGGCAGCAGCGCCCAAGAAGAAACCGUUCGUCGCUCAUGCUAUCAUUGCGAAUCCGCCAAGCUUCGCACAUAUCCAUUGCGCCGAGAAGUUGGGCAUUCCCUUGCAUUUGAUGUUCACGAUGCCCUGGUCGCCCACGCGAGAGUUUCCGCAACCCAUCGCGAACAUCAAGUCGUCAAAGGCCAGUGGAAGCAUGACCAACGAAAUGAGCUAUACGCUUGUCGACAUGAUGACCUGGGAGGGCCUGGGCGACAUCACGAACAAGUUCAGGAAAGAGACUCUAGGGCUGCAUAUGCUUUCCCAGGCGGCCGCAACGGAUAUGCUUCAUCGUCUACGGAUACCUUAUACUUAUUGCUGGUCUCCAGCACUCAUUCCGAAGCCCAAAGACUGGGGCCCUCACAUAACUAUUGCAGGCUUCUACUUCCUCUCGUUGGCGUCAAAUUACCAGCCAGACCCUGCUCUAGCUGAAUUCCUCGCAGCAGGUCCACCGCCCGUUUACAUCGGCUUCGGUUCCAUCGUUGUGGACGAUCCCAACGGAAUGACGAAACUCAUCUUCGAUGCGGUCAAGAAGACUGGACAACGUGCUUUGGUGUCCAAGGGAUGGGGUGGUCUUGGUGGAGACGACAUGGGUAAACCUGAUAACGUGUAUAUGCUGGGUAAUGUACCGCAUGACUGGUUAUUCCAACACGUUUCCUGCGUGGUGCAUCACGGUGGCGCCGGGACGACUGCAGCUGGAAUCGCGUUGGGCCGCCCAACGGUUAUCGUCCCCUUCUUUGGCGACCAGCCAUUCUGGGGAGCCAUGGUGGCCAGAGCCGGUGCGGGACCUACGCCCGUCCCGUCCAAAGAACUCACAGCAGAUCGACUAGCGGAUGCGAUCCUCGAGGCGCUGAAGCCCGGGACCUUGGAACGGGCACGCGAAUUGGGCGAGCGCAUCAAGGAAGAAAAGGGCACCGAAGUCGGCGCGGCGAGUUUCCACGCGCAAAUGAAUCUUGACCGCCUUCGCUGCAUGCUGGCGCCGUCCCGGGCAGCCGUCUGGUCCGUCAAGACCAAAGGAUCCAGCACGGAAGAUAUCCGGUUGAGCGCUUUCGCGGCGACGGUGCUGGGCAAUGAAGGCUUGAUUGACGUGAACCAGCUUGCCAUGUACCGCCACAUUGAAUACCCCGUCGAGUAUGGGGCUAUUAGUUCUCACGUGGCCGGGCCCAAUCCGAUGCUCAGCACCGUGGGCUCCAUCACUUCUAGAAUUGUGCACACACCCAUCAACAUUGCCAAGGCUUGGGGUGGCGUUGUCUACGAACCCUACAAGGGCGCCAGAUUCGGCGGUUGGAAAGGCUUUGGAAAGGGCCUGGGGAAGGGCAUUGGGAAUUUGCUGUUCCCCCCUAGAGGACUGGUCAUUGGCCACGCUGCAUACGGAGUCAGGGCCUUGUACGAAGUGAUUAAGAAGAGAUUGGACGGAGAUCCAACGCUGAGUUACAUCCUUGCCACGAGGUAUAUCGAAGGGUUUGAGGAGGUGAGCAAGGCCACCGAGGAGGAGAAGCUGGAGGUGCUCACUAGGUGGAACGAGAUGAAACCUGAGUUGAAGAUGGUCGAUACGCGGUCAAGCGUUGGCAGUGAUCAUCCGGACAAGGAGGAGACCGGGUCGUUUCUGUCCAGGUUGACGAGCCAUUCCAGCUCGAAGAGCGCGAAAAGUGGCAAGAGUGGGAAGAGGGAUAAGGACCCUACGACAGAGGCCAUCAGCGAGGCCAGCAGCGCGGCAGAUUCGCCGCCCAGUUAUGCGGAUCCCCCAGCGUCAGCAAAAGAGGACGGUAAUGAGACACGGGAGAGUGCCUAG